AAACUCCUGACCUUUCACACUCUUUUCUGAUAAACAGCUGUUGGAAGUUCUGAGGUUGAUUUCAGGUUUAUUUGGAUCAGGUUCUGGAUUUUUCACAGGAAGCUCAUUCUGUAUAAGGGGUGGAUCAAAUACGGAUUUGAAUUCCUUUUGGUCUUGUUGCUUGUUGUUGUAGUGAGGAAUGCCGAGCGGUGUGGAGUAUGGAGAGCUGGGGGAGAGUCUGCCCGCCAUCUCCUCUCUCAACGCCUCCUACUCACAGGCGUCUCUGUCAGCACACUCGAGUCAUUACCUCCCUCUGCCCCCUACUGAGAGGAGAAACAUCUCAGACGUCCGCCGCACCUUCUGCCUCUUCGUGACCUUUGACCUCCUCUUCGUCUCUCUGCUCUGGAUCAUCGAGCUGAACGUUAAUAAGAGUAUCUGGCUGAAUCUGGAGAAGGAAGUCGUUCGCUAUGAUUUCAGAUCCUCCUUCUUUGAUAUCUUUCUGUUGGCAGUCUUCAGGUUUUUGUGUUUACAGAUUGCAUACGCUGCUUUCAAACUGAGACAUUGGUGGGUCAUUGCGAUCACGACUCUGGUGACGAGCGCCUUCCUUAUUGCCAAAGUCAUCAUUUCAGAUUUGUUUACAGAGAAUGCAUUCGGUUAUGUUCUCCCCAUCACCUCGUUCGUCGUGGCCUGGCUGGAAACCUGGUUCCUCGACUUCAAGGUGCUCACUCAGGAGGCGGAGGACGAAAGAGCGUACCUGGCAGCGGUGAACGCGGCGUGUGAGAGUGGACGUCUGAUUUACCCCAGAGCCGUCUCAGAUGGACAGUUUUACUCCCCACCAGAGUCACUCGCAGGUUCUGAUGAUGAUCUUGAUGAAGAAGGUCUUGGCAGAAGAGCAGUGACUACACAGGAGAAGGAGUUUGUGCGACAGGGCCGUGAGGCGAUGGCUGUAGUGGAGCAGAUCCUCACACAGGAGGAGAACUGGAAAUUCGAGAAGAAUAACGACGUUGGUGACUGUGUUUACACACUGGAAAUUCCUUUUCAUGGAAAAACCUUCAUUCUAAAGGCAUUACUGCAGUGUUCAGCUGAGUUGGUGUAUCAGGAAGUGAUCCUGCAGCCGGAGAAGAUGGUGCAGUGGAACAGAACGAUCUCAGCGUGUCAGAUAUUACAGAGAGUGGAUGAUAACACGAGUGUGUCAUAUGAUGUGUCUUCAGGAGCAGCAGGAGGAGUCGUGUCUCCCAGGGAUUUUGUGAAUGUGCGCAGAGUGGAGAGGAAACGAGAUCGCUACGUUUCUGCUGGAAUGUCGACUGUUCACGGCUCCAAACCCCCCCACCCUCGCUACGUCCGAGGUGAAAACGGUCCCGGUGGGUUUGUGGUGUUAAAGUCCAGCUCUAAUCCAUCAGUCUGUACCUUCAUCUGGGUUCUGAACACCGACCUCAAGGGUCGACUCCCUCGUUAUCUGAUCCAUCAGUCUCUGGCUGCCACCAUGUUCGAGUUCAUGUCUCACCUCCGUCAGCGCAUUGCUUCUUUCCGCUGAACCAGGAGGCGUGGCCAUGCUGGGAUAAACCCCACCCACUCUGUAUGAAGGACAUGUGCUGCCCCCUUCAGUCUGGAAGGAGGAACCACACACAAACACACACACACACAUAUAUAUGCGCACACACACACACACACACACAUAUGCGCACACACACACACAGAUUUUAACGAAGAAGGAAGAAACUGAAGACUGUAUAUGAACAUGAAGGAACGUGAAGGAACGUGUCUCAUCGUAUUUUCUCUGAAUAAAUGUGAUUCCUGCUGAGUGUGUAUGUGCUACGAGAGGAAAACUGCAGUGUGUGUGUGUGUGAUGCGUGAGAAAAACUCAUGAUUAUUUCAUACAAACAGGAAGAGUCCAGAUUAGUAGUGCUGCUAUGCAUUAUUAUUAUUUAUUAUUAUUAUUAUUAUUAUUAUUAUUAUUAUUAUUAUUGUGUAAUGUAUCGUGGCAGCAGCUUUUUCUAAAUAAUUACCUAAUAAUAUAAGUAAAAGCUGUUAAAGAAUUUUUCUUCUAUUACUUUUUCUCAUUAGCAUAAAGCUAACUUUAUAGUUACGGGAAAAAACGAUUCAUUCAUUUUGAAUGUUUCAUCUUCAGCUAUUUUUUGUCUUGAAUGUUAAAAAUAAGAACAAAAUUAGGAAUAAAUAAUAAUAAUAAUAAUAAUAAUAAUAAUAAUAAUGCAUGGUCUUUGGAUAUCCAGACCUAAUUAUACUUUUUGAUUUUUAUUUCUUUUUCUUGCCUGUUCCUUAUUCACGUGUUCGUCUUUAACUCGUUAUAAUUUAACACAAUGCACUGAGACGGAUUCAGCCGCGCGUGCCUGGACUUCAGUAACACCUCUUCACAUAACUCCUCUUUGAGUUCUUAUUCAUUUUUUAAAUGAGUAUAAGUUUUUUAAACAGCGUCCUGAGCUCAAGCUCGUCCUCAGUGAGAGAAACGUGCACUUUAAUCCUGUUAUUCUAAUCAUCUCUGCUCGUGGAAUGUUCUGGAGAAUGAUCACUGCGUACUCAUCAGUAACAGGACACGCCCCCUCGGCUGAACCCCACAGGACUUCUUCUCCCAUGAUGCCGAGCGAGAGCUGAAUGAUGCACAUAAACCGUGCCUUAUCUGUGUUCGAUGUUAAAGAGUCAGCGUUUUUUAAUUCGAUGGACGGAGGAGCUUCAUCUCCGACAACAUGGCCGACCUGACUGCCGUUUAACUCGCAGCUCGGAUCAAUUAAAAAAAUCUACAAAUAAAACGAAAGUGCAAAGAUCUGUUUCUAUUACAUCAGAUAUCUAACACUGAUCAAACACACAUUCCACCAUUCCUCAGUACGGUGCGUUGUGAUUGGCCGAGAGCAGCAGGGAGGAUAAAACACACAGAAAUGCAGUGAUGGAGUCCGUAUCAGGACGGAACACCGUGUGAGCACUGAAACUUCUCCUCACACUCAACAGGAAUGUGUCUGAGUUUAUUUGAAAGCAUUAUAUACUUUAUAUUUGAUGACAGUUAUCAUGUAGUAAUGACAGGACUUUCAGGCGGGGGGUCCGUUGUGUCUUCUGUAUAUAUGUAUAUCUGUGCCUUUUCAUGCUGAAGUCUCUCUCACACACACACACACACACACACACACGUCAUUUUAUUUCUUUACAAGCGUCUCUUUAACGUUUACCCACGUGCUACAGCUUUUAUUGUGUUUUUUGUUUUUAUUUAAACUCAGCGUUUAUAUUUUGAUGUAUGUUUACUUUACUGUGUGCUUGAAGACUGCAGAUGAUGAGACCAGAUGCUGAACAUCUGUAAUGUCUGAAAUCUGAUGUUUCAGACUGACGCGCUGGGACUGAACUGUACUGCUAAUAAAAUUAACAUCGUCA